GUGCUGCCUGUUUGGGUUGAACUUGUACUUCUGCGGUGGAUUGAAAUGUAUUAAAAAAAAACUUCAGCUUGUCAACAAAUAUCGUAGUAACAAAUGCUCGGGUUUUCUCUCAACGCGAUUCGGAUUCGUUGCUGCUUUUCCCCCUCCUCUAAAUUUAUUGAAGGAGGAAAAGCGGCGUUUCGUGGUAGCAAUUAAAUGUGCCCUUAGUUUUCGUGCGUCAACUGGCUAAAAGAUAAAAGCAGCUAAGCUAACCAGCAUUAGCCGCCCGGAUGCGGUGAAAGCGCCUGGGGAAGCUAACAGGCAGCGCGGCUUUAAGCUACGGACGGGCCUUGGAAAGGAGUUUCAGGGGCGACUUGAAGAGCGAUGUCAGGCUGCCGGCAGCAACAGCAACCCGUUCCUGCGUCGGGAACUCCACCGGGAACUGCACCAGGAACGAGCUCAGGCAGCACCGCCACCGCUGCCGUUGCUAAUAGCGGAGGGAGCAGCGCUAAUGCUAAUGGCAAUGGCAUUUCUUCGCGAAGUGUCGGCUCAGGGAGCGAGGUGCAGCUCCUGGGUACACAGAGACCCAGUUUAUCCGGUAGCAACUACAGCAAGAAAAGACCUCUCCAUAACGGCCUUAUUAACCCUUAUGAGGAUAAGAGUAAUGAUUUUGUAUGUCCCAUAUGUUUCGACAUGAUAGAGGAAGCACAUAUGACUAAAUGCGGUCACAGUUUCUGUUACAAAUGUAUACGAAGGAGUUUAGAGGACAGCAACAGGUGCCCCAAAUGUAAUUACAUUAUUGAUAAUGUGGAUCAGUUGUACCCCAACUUCUUAGUUAAUGAGCUGAUCCUCAAGCAGAAACAGAGAUCUGAAGAGAAGCGACUAAAACGGGACCACCCUAAUGGAACCAAAUGGCAGUUUUUCCAAGAUGUUCUUGGCACAGAUCAGGAGCAUCUGGAUCUAGCAAACGUCAACUACAUGUUAGAACUGCUGGUGCAGAAAAAGAAGCAGCUUGAAGCGGAAUCGCAAGCAGCUCAGCGUCAAAUUCUAAUGGAGUUCUUAAAAGAAGCCAGAAGGAAUAAGCGAGAGCAACUGGAGCAAUUACAGAAAGAACUAAACUUUCUGGAAGAGGACAUAAAGAGUGUUCAGGAUAUGAGUGGGCUGUACCCACCAGUUAUUGAUAUGGACCCCAACUUGGACAGCACUGUUCCCCAGUUUGGAGAGACGCACUCUCCUGCCCCCAGCUGUAGCAUCAUUGAGCCAUCAGAGUAUAUUCAGCCUCCCCAGUUUGGAGGAAGCUCACAGGGUAAAAGACAGACAUCAUACAACAGCACUCUGGCCUCUCGGAGAAAGAGGUUAACAGCACACUUUGAAGACCUGGAGCAGUGCUACUUUUCCAACAGGAUGUCACGAAUCACAGAUGACAGCAGAACUGUUAAUCAGCUAGACGACUUCAUGGAGUGUCUCUCCAAAUUCACACGCUACAACUCUGUACGCCCUCUGGCCACUCUGUCUUAUGCGAGUGACCUCUAUAAUGGUUCUAGUAUUGUUUCUAGCAUUGAGUUUGACCGUGACUGUGAUUAUUUCGCCAUUGCUGGUGUCACCAAGAAAAUUAAAGUUUUUGAGUAUGGGACAGUCAUCCAGGAUGCUGUGGACAUUCAUUAUCCUGUCAAUGAAAUGACCUGCAACUCCAAAAUAAGCUGUAUCAGCUGGAGUAGCUACCACAAGAACCUUCUGGCCAGCAGUGACUAUGAAGGAACAGUGAUUCUUUGGGAUGGGUUUACAGGGCAGAGGUCAAAGGUUUAUCAGGAGCACGAGAAGAGAUGUUGGAGUGUCGAUUUUAACCUUAUGGAUCCCAAACUUUUAGCUUCAGGCUCAGAUGAUGCAAAAGUCAAGUUGUGGUCAACUAACCUGGAUAAUUCAGUUGCCAGCAUUGAAGCCAAGGCCAAUGUGUGCUGUGUCAAAUUUAGCCCAACGUCUAGGUAUCACCUUGCAUUUGGCUGUGCAGACCACUGUGUCCACUACUAUGAUUUGCGGAACACUAAGCAACCCAUCAUGGUCUUCAAAGGACAUCGGAAGGCUGUGUCCUAUGCAAAGUUUGUCAACGGAGAAGAAAUCGUGUCUGCCUCCACGGACAGCCAGCUAAAGCUGUGGAAUGUGAACAAGCCUCACUGCCUGCGUUCUUUCAAAGGCCACAUUAAUGAGAAAAACUUUGUAGGUCUGGCCUCCAAUGGAGACUACGUAGCAUGUGGAAGCGAGAACAACUCCCUAUACCUGUACUACAAGGGGCUCUCCAAAACAUUGCUGACCUUCAAGUUUGACACUGUGAAGAGUGUUCUGGACAAGGACAAGAAGGAAGACGACACUAACGAGUUUGUCAGUGCCGUUUGCUGGCGGGCUUUACCAGACGGGGAGUCUAAUGUGCUGAUUGCAGCCAAUAGUCAAGGAACAAUCAAGGUACUCGAGCUCAUUUGAAGGUCUACAAGAAACAAUCAUCAGAUCCUUUGUUUUUUUUUUUUUUGUUUUUUUUAUAAAAAAAAAAAAAAAACGGGGAAAUCUUUCUAAUGGAAUGUGACUGAGCACAAAAGGAAGAAAACAUUCUCUUGGACUCGGACACUGAUGUUUUCAGAAAGACGUGCGCUCCAGUAUAAGGACCGUUCGAAGCCUCUAGGAAACAGAUGUGGACAUUUCUGGUGGAAAAGGAAAUGCCGACUCUUCGUUUCAAAGCCUCUUUUGGACUUUUGGCGUAAAAUGCUUAAUUAUGGGCAUUUAUAAAUAAAAACUAAGCCUUCAGUAGAGGCAAAUGGGACAAAUGUUAGAGCUGUGUGAGUACCAAGCCAAAGCACAAGACCAGAACACGAUGAAAUGAUUUUUGCUGUACAAAUAAUCAAAUGCUACAUCAUUCUUUGAGCCUGUAGUAUCCACAUAUUCUUUUCAUUUGCUACAGUGUCUGUUUCUAAAAUUUCCACUCCGUUUGGUUAAUGCCGCUGGACAAAUAAUUACCGGGCCUUCUUCAGUUUAUGUUGCUUAUGUCAAGGGACCUCGAGACUUGGCUGCCUCGUGCAAAUAAGACAGAUUUCCUUUAAAUGCUUUGUAAGUCAUGUGGAAAAGGAGAUACUAAACUGAUUUUUUAACCUAGUCAUUAGUUGCCAUGACUUUCUUAUUCUUUUUCCCCCUUGUGGACAUAUUUUGUCUAACUGAGGGAUGAAUAAGACGUUAUGAUGACACUAUGUAUUCUCUAUUGGGAUUAUUUAAUGACCACCCAAAAACACUGCUGCUCUUUUUAUCAUUACAUUUCUGUACAAGUAUUAUUUAUUUUUAUAAUUUAUAGAAACAUUGUGAACUUCACAACCAAUUAUAGAGUGUAGGUUUUUUGGAGCUUGGACUUCUGUUGCAUCCCAGUAAUUCCCUCUUUUGUGUACCCAUUCUAUGAUUUUAACCUAUUCAUCUGAAUGAAUAAAUGAUUUUCUUUGCA